UAUAAGCCCCCGCUUUCCUGGCUCCUCUCGCGCCCCACAGUCCUGAGUCGAGUCGAAUUCCCCAGGCCGACGGCGCUUCCAGGAGGUCGGAGCAAAAGAAUCGAUGGAGUUGGACGGUGCGGUGGAGCCGUCGCGGAGGGACGCCGAUCGGGUCAAGGGCCCCUGGAGCCCCGACGAGGACGAUCUGCUGAGGAAGCUGGUGCAGCGCCACGGCGCUCGGAACUGGUCCCUCAUAAGCAGGUCGAUCCCCGGGCGGUCCGGCAAGUCGUGCCGCCUCCGGUGGUGCAACCAGCUCUCCCCCGGGGUGGAGCACCGCCCCUUCACGGCGGAGGAGGACGAUCUCAUCGUCCGGGCGCACGCCAAGUACGGCAACCGCUGGGCCACCAUCGCCAGGCUCCUCAGCGGCCGCACGGACAACGCGAUCAAAAACCACUGGAACUCCACGCUCAAGCGCAAGUACGCCGCGGCGAUCCCCGACGGGCCGGAGGAGAAGAAGCCGCGCAGCGGGAGUCCCGGGACCCCGUCGAGCUCCGAGCUGAGCGAUCCGGUCCCGCCGUCCGGAUCCGAUUCUCUGCUGCAGCCCGUGGCGGCGAUGACGGUCGCCGGCUUGGCGGCGCCGGUACGCACUCGGAGCGAGUCGCGGGGCGUGGACGAUCGGGGAGAUGACGACGGUCCUUCCACCCUGCUGACGCUGUCGCUUCCCGGCGGCGAGUCGAGCGAGUCGGGGGCGAGGCGGGAGGACUCGAGCAGAAGAGAUGGAGGGACGACGGGGGCGAGGCGGGAGGACCCGAGCAGAAGAGAUGGAGGGACGAAGACGACGACAGCGGCGACGGCGACGGCGACGGCGACGGCGACGGCGGCUGCGGCGGCGGAGACGACGUGGUUCGGGCCUGAGUUCACGACGGCGAUGCGGGCGAUCAUCCGGACGGAGGUGAGGAACUACAUGACGGAGCUGGAGAGGGGCGGCCCUGCUCGCUGGGGCAACGGGGCUUGAGAAACGACGCCGUGCAGCGAAUGCGAGCCAGGAAGUCGGAAUAAACGAUAUUUUUGGAUGGACUUAAAAUUUAAUUAGGCGGAAGUAUUUUUGAGGCUGUACAUGCAAAUACAACAGGCGAAUUUGAGAUCGAGAGAUAUGAUGUCGGGUUUUAGAGUUUUUAUUUUUAUUUUUUUAGAUUUUUUUUUUCUCCGUUCAACAGUAUAUUUCUUCGUAAAUCGUUUUAUAUUUUCCAAAAGUCGGGAUUUUUUCUGUUA